CGAUGGGCUAGAGCAUUAAAAAAAAUUCCCUCAAUUAAUUGUCGAACUCCUCUUCCUUUUGCCUCUUCAUUUCAAAUUCCAGCUUCUUCCUCGCGGCGCACUGCUUGUUCGGUUUGUUCGAGGCGACGAGGCCACAAAUGGUCAUCGUGAGUGGCAGCAACUUCCAAACGGAUUCGUGACCCUUCCGCGAUGGAUCCCGUCUCCAAAGGUGCGUGGCAGAAGCGAUUCUUCAGCGUCGCGCCGCCGGCGGCGCUGGUCUUCUUCUUCGUGCUGAUAUUCGUCGCCGGUGCAGCCGUCACGCUAGAUCAUAAGGAGAGUCGUGUGUCCGUAUUGCAGUUGCAGCCAAAACUAGUGACUGCAGCAGCGGAGAUGAGGCCUCCAGCGACGACGAGCGAGCUGCGCGCAGGGCCAGCAGAGGAACCCGACAUCUGUGAGAGUAAAUGUAGACCUCCAGGCAGCGAGGCGUUGCCGCGGGGCAUCGUGCAGGACAAGUCCAACUUGGAGAUGGAGUCGAUGGGUGGCAACCCUGAACGUGAGGAGAACGGCAGCGGCAGGCGGUCGAAAAGCCUCCUCGCCAUCCCCGUCGGCAUCAAGCAGAAGGCGGUCGUCGACAAGCUCGUCUCCAAGUUCCCGGACACCAAGUUCACCGUGAUGCUGUUCCACUACGACGGCGAGGUGGACGGGUGGCGAGACCUCGAGUGGUCGGGCCGCGCGGUCCACGUCGCCGCGCGCGACCAGACCAAGUGGUGGUUCGCCAAGAGGUUCCUGCACCCGGACCUGGUGGCGGAGUACGACUACGUCUUCCUCUGGGACGAGGACGUCGAGGUGGACAGCUUCGACCCGCUCAGGUACCUGCGGGUCGUGAGGAAGGAAGGGCUCGAGGUCUCGCAGCCGGCGCUGGACCGCCGGUCGCAGAUCCACCACGGGCUCACGGCCCGCGCGCGGCGGGGCGGCGGCGUCCACCGGCGGUACUACAAGACGAAGGGGCACGGCAGGUGCUACGGCAACAGCACGGGCCCGCCGUGCACGGGGUGGGUGGAGAUGAUGGUGCCCGUGUUCUCGCGCGCGGCGUGGCGGUGCGCGUGGCGCAUGGUCCAGAACGACCUCGUCUACGCGUGGGGAAUGGACUACAAGCUCGGCUACUGCGCGCAGGGCGACCGGCGCCGCAACGUCGGCAUCGUCGAUAGCCAGUACGUGCUGCACCGGGGCAUCCCCACCCUCGGCGGCGGCGGCGGCAACGGCAACGGCAAGCCUUCGUUCUCCGCUUCCGCGUCAGCGUUGGGGGCAGACCGGUUAGCGGUCAGGCAGCGGUCCUACACCGAGCUGCAGGUGUUCAAUAGGAGGUGGAAGAAGGCCGUGUCGGAGGACGGGUGCUGGACUGACCCUUACCCGAACACGGCGACCACCGGCUGACCGUUGGACGGAACGAGACAGCUCAGUAGUUGGUAGCUGUCGGAUUGACCUCGUCUAGAUGAUGGUAGCAGAUCAUACACCGCAUUACUUUACAGAUUCAGAGAGCUCAUAUAUGAUGUACAGAUUAAAAAAAAAAUCCUAACUCUUGACUGUUGUCUAUACAAGGGAAAGAGCAAAUUUUGUACUGUCAA